UGUCCUCAGUGUGACUUGGUAGCGAGUUUUUCCACUGUGCGGACUUGAUGACAUUCAGCAUGCCCAUGGGUAAAUAAUAACCAGGAUGGGCUUUUCUGGCAAAGACCUCCCCAUGGAUGGGAAUGAAGACUGGCGCUCCCACAAAAUCAGGAAAAGCAGAAGCCAAUCCCCGUUUCGGGAUGUUUCACCUGUACCAUCAUAUUUCUCAGAACCGGUCUCGUUCCUGCAGCACAGGGAUGUAAUUGCCAGCUUUCCCCCUCUCCCACGUAUAAGGAAGCCACAUGGGGACGAAGAAGAUGAUGAUGAUGCUCGGAGUCACAAGAGUUUACCAGCAGUGUUUGAAUCAUUAACCCUUCAACCCAGACACAACAGGUCACACAGACCUACAAAAAAUAACAUCAUAUCUGGUUUACCUCCUCUCGUAAGCAACAGGUGCAAUUUGAUUGUAAAAGGAACUGGGUGCAAAACUGUCCCCAAACUCCCACCUAUUACCAAAUCCAGGUCUACUUGGAAGGAAACAAACCGCUCAAGUUACAGGCCUGACAAAAUGGAAUUCAAUUCAACUACACCUGCCCAUGCACUGGUGCAUCCAAAAAUUGUACCUGUCGGGCAGACGUCUCUGUCUGUCAAGGCCCACAGUGUUCAGAAAAAUGGGCCCUGCUUGCUUCCUGCCAAAGCCUCUGGAGUGUCCCCGAGAUCUCGACUCACUUUCCAGAGUCCUGUAGUGCAGGCAGUGUACCCUAUCAGUCCUGACACCAUGCAACAGAUGAGGCAGACUGACAGACCAUGCCAGCCCCUGAGAUCUGUGCUGAAAAAAGCACCAAAUGGAGGAGUGUUUGACUGCCCACUGGCAGCCCACCUACUGGAGCCAUUUUCUGGGUUUCAGGAGCAUCUGUGUCGGCAGAUCCUACAUUCUCCACUGCCUUAUCGUGCAGCUCUACCACACAUCCAUAUUCCAUGUCACCAGGACCAGGUAGAUCAGUUGCCUGCACAUAGGGACCCAUGCGUUUUCCUGAUGGAGCGCACUGUGGAACUCUGCAACUCCCAAGGACACUGGCUUCCCAAAAUCACCAUGACCUGCCCAACACCUUCUCCGAAACAUCUGUCUCGCACGGAAAUUAGAUAUGUGGCUUAAAAAAACCCCAAGAUGAUUGUUGAGUAAAAACACUUGCACUGCUCGAUGCUGUUUGAAGUUAGUAUGUGCACAAAGGAUCAGAAAGAUCACCACUAACACCACCAAGAUCUCAAAUUCAUUUUGCACGUAAAGAAACAAUAAAGCCAAAACUGGAACAACUUCCCAAUCUCCUGGCACUUCUCCUGAUUCCUCAUAGAUUAUUGGACUCAUGGUCAUAACACUCUUCUUUCCUCAGCUCAAGUUAUUGUAUAACCAAUGAUCUUUCAUCUAGUUUCCAUGGAAGCCCUAGGCAUCAUUAAAGCAUGUUGGAACUGGACCUGAGGGGCAGCACUGUUCCACAGGUAUAGGAAGUGCCUCCAAGGAGCUUUAAAAAAUCAUGCAGUACAUUUUCCUGGGUGUUAAGAUCCCUAGAGGUACAAAUCAUAAGUCUGACUUACCUAGGAGGAAUGCAAUAUAUUUCCUUCUACCCACUUUCCUAGGUCUUUCUUUUCUUUUUAAAAUCAAUACAAUUUUCUCAGUUGAGCAGAAUCUACAGUGAGAUAGAGGUCCAGGAGCAAUUUUUACAUUUUCCAUCACAGCCUACUGCAGAUAUAUCUGCCUUUUUUUUUGGUACCGGAGUGUGUAUUUUUGAGUAUUUGAAGAUGUGUAUUUGCAAGAAGUAAAUGUACUCUUAAUAGCCCUAUGAGAAAGACUUUUCAUUGCAAUAUGAAAUUAUGAAGAACAUUGAUUAUCAAAGAAUGUGUGUAAAGUGGUACCUACAUUACAAUAUGAAGUAAAUUUAAAUUCUUUUAAACGUAUUUGCUUGGAAGUUUAUUCAUACUUGUAAAUCUUAAUGUAAAAAUUUUUACUCUAAUAUUUUUCCAAUGGGCCCAUAUUAACUGGUAAAAGUGUUAUCUUAAGAGCAAAAGUGUUAUAUUAAAUGUGAUUUGGACUAGCUUUUGCCAGUCUUUUAACAAUUUACAAUGUAAAGCUGCCAUGUGCCAUGCCAUUAAAAGUUUUUUCUAACUAAA